GUUACCCUCUCUCACUUCAUUCAGCAGAGUAUAUUGAGUUUCAGGUGUUCUCGGUUUCUCUUCUCUCAUGAGCAUCGCGACUAUGAAAGUUCCAGAUUCUUCUUCUCCGACCGGAGUUCUCGAAGAAUUCUUCAGAACCGAAGAAUUCGAUAGCUCCGAGACGACGAUGAAGAACCCUUCCUCCUCCCGUUUCCGCAAAAUCGUUCAGCUUCUAAGAAGCACAUCGAAAAAAUCGCUGGAGAAUCUGAAGAUUCCGUUUCACAACAAUGCCAUUAAAAGCUCUUUGAGGAGAUGCAGUAGCUUGAGGGAGAAUCUCAGAUUUAGCUCCAAUGAUUCUCACUUUCUUCUUCUCAAUCCUCGAAGAAUCUUCUCUUUCUCUGAUCUCAAAGCUGCUACAAACAAUUUCGCUUUAGAGAAUCUAAUUGGAAAAGGAGGUUAUGCUGAAGUUUACAAGGGAAAGUUGUCAAAUGGACAAAUGGUAGCGAUUAAACGGCUGAUGCGGGGAAAUAGUGAAGAGAACAUCGCCGAUUUUCUAUCGGAGAUGGGUAUAAUGGCGCAUGUCAACCAUCCAAACAUAGCCAAGCUUUUAGGCUAUGGAGUCGAAGGAGGAAUGCACCUUGUUCUUGAGUUAUCACCUUAUGGAAGCCUAGCUUCUAUGCUAUAUAGUAAACUCUCAUAUGUGACUUUGGGCUUGCGAAGUGGUUACCCGAACAUUGGACACACCAUGUUGUUUCCAAGUUUGAGGGCACAUUCGGGUGAAUAUCUUGCUCCUGAGUACUUAACUCACGGGAUAGUAGAUGAAAAGACCGAUGUAUUCGCCUUAGGUGUACUUUUACUAGAACUUGUUACUGGACGACGAGCUCUUGACUACUCCAAGCAAAGUCUUGUUCUAUGGGCGAAACCAUUGAUGAGGAAGAACAAAAUUAGAGAGCUGAUCGAUCCAUCUCUAGCGGGUGACUACGUGUGGAGGCAGAUCAAACUUGUGCUUUUGGCUGCUUCUUUAUCAAUCCAGCAAUCAUCAAUAGAGAGGCCUGGGAUGAGUCAGGUGGUUGAGAUCCUCAAAGGUAACUUGAAUGAUCUCAACUGCAUCAUAAAAUGUAGAGUUCCGUUUUAUCGGAAAGCUUUCAGAGAUGAAUUCGUUCAAGAGAGACUGAGAAAAUAGAUCUUAAGGAGAGGAAGUGGAUGAAACACAACAAAGGGGAAAGAAGAAAAGAAAGAGAUACAAAAAGGGCUUGUAUCAUUUUUGGGGGUAAUACAAAGAUUAUGCAUCUCUUUUCGAUACAAUAAGAUGUUUAUGGUAGUGGCAUCACUUGUAGAUUAUUCGUAUAGGAUUAUUGCGUAUAGUGAGUAUACUUUGUGUCAAGAAACCUAAGAUUUGUAUAAAUGUCUUCUUGUUGAUUUGUGUACAAACGGCUCAAAUAUUUAUACAAAAAGUUUAAUCUAAUAUUAAGUUGGUGUCCAA